AUGCUUUCUGACCCCCAGCCCUUGCUGGCUGACGCGGCCGCGGCAGUCACUGCUGCUACAGACGGCGGCCUCCCCGCCUGGUCGCUGCCUGCCGGGCUGGGCCUGGCGCUCGCAGGCGUGGCUGCGCUGCGCGUGAGCGGGUACAGCCAGCUGGAGUACAUCACCGCCGCCAUGCUGGCACGCCACGUCAGAUCCGGCGGCGCACGCGUGCUGCAGCUGGGCGGCUCCACCCGCGACCUCUACUACUAUCCCCAAGGCACGGUCCAGGUCACGGUGGGGGGCGCAGACAUCAACGCAGGGCUGUGGGAGCAGGGCGGCAUCCAGGCCAAGAAGGUGCUGUCGUCGCAGGCGGGCAGCACAGCAGACUCAAUCGUGCUGGUGAACCAGAUGCAGCAGUGGGGAGACAUGCAGCAGCUGCUGGCGCAGGUGUACCGCGUGCUCAAGCCCGGCGGCACGCUCAUCUUCAUACAGCGGCUGCGCGGCGGCCCCCUGCAGCUGCUUCUCGUGGGCAGCGGCGGCGCAGACCCGGCGGCGGUGGAGGCGGUGCAGCAGUACGGCGGCUGGGACUUUGUGCAGUGGGAUGCGACGCUGGAGGGAACCGACCCGCAUGCGGUGGGGGUAGCUGUCAAGCCGCUGUCAACGGGAGGAACGGCGGCGUCGGUGGAUGCUGAGGCGUUUGAGCAGCUGAGGCGGCGCGGCAAAGCCAAGCAGCAGCGGCAGCGGCAGGGAGGCGGCAGCAAGAGGCAAUGA